UUCAUCAGCCACUUCCGCUUCUCCACAUGCACUAACAGUAGGGAGAACUUAACAGUUUGCUAACUGUGUGAAACUAGUACUCGCAUUGAGUUUGAGAUUGCUUUGGUUUGUAGCGUCUUGCUACACAUAUAAUCCCGGGUAACAUGCUUCUGUUUUGUCCAACCUGCGGAAACGUUUUAAUUGUCGAGGAAGGACAGAAGUGCAUGAGAUUCGCAUGCAAUACCUGUCCGUAUGUACACAACAUCACGAGAAAGGUUCAUUACAGAAAGUAUCCCAAGCUGAAGGAGGUGGAUGAUGUUCUUGGUGGAGCUGCAGCUUGGGAAAACGUGGACUCUACUCCCGAAACCUGUCCAAAGUGUGGACAUCUCCGGGCGUAUUUCAUGCAGAUUCAGACCAGAUCAGCUGAUGAACCAAUGACCACUUUCUACAAAUGCUGCAAAGCCCAGUGUGGACACAGAUGGAGAGACUGAAACCGUUGCACUUUGAAAAUCUUAAUGUAUUUAAUGCUUAAGUGGCAAAGAUACUUUUCGUAUACCUUGUCCCUUUUUUGAGCCUAUAUUUAAUGCCAACAGGCUUCAUGGAAACUCUUCUUCUUCUGAUGUGCAGUUUCUGUGCACCGGCCCAGCUGAAGAAACUUUUUCUUUUUGUGUUUUCAGAUCAUACUUGCACAGUUCAUUUUCACAAAAAAAAUAUUAAAUUGAGUUUCAAGGAAAAGUCAUGUUCUGAUUUUUAUUGAUAAAAUAAUACCUGUGUACAAUGGUCAAACAAAUGUUGACUCGCAUAGUUAUACAUAUCAAACAUUUAGAGAGCAAUGCAGACCAGCAUUAUCCACAACGGUCCGUGCACGGAGUAUAAUUCAUUUUCCAUUGUUCAUUGUUGUUGUAUAAUGAACAAUGUCAGUUUAGGGGUAUUUCAUAACCUCAUUGGUCUACUUAUGCAAAUGUUUCUGCUACGUGUUUGUUGUUUGAUAGCCGAUGCUGCCUCAACGUGGUUAAUGCUCGGCCUGUGUUACUGUCGCAUUGAAAGAACACGUGCAAUGCAAUUCAGCACCAAAACUUCAGCUUCUUCCAACUUUAAUAAUGAAAAUUGAGUAAAGGAAGUCGAGUCAGAAACAGAGACAUAUCGCCUUCAAAGUAAAGGUUGUGCGUUUUCAAACUUGCUCCAGCGAUCAAUUCAUGGAAAGCAAAAUUAAAGAAACAAAAAAAAAUAAAAUAUUCUACACAAUAUAUAACGGUUAGUCAUAUUUCUGCCACUUUCCCACAAUUGAAUGUGAAUAAACUGCCACUGGUCGCAAACACUGAAUCAUUUGAUUGUAAUGAUUCAUUAUGUCAUCGAUCUUAAUGAAUGUUUCAGGCUGUGGUGUUGAGACUUCGUGAGUCCGACUCUAAAAAGAGUUGAUUUAACUUGAAUUUCGACAUUAAUACUGGCUCUGUUAUGACAGUAACGCCACUAAGCUAUCCCAUGUAAAAUCCUUCACGUUUAUUUACUGUUUGCACUUUUAACUAUUCUACAUAAAAUAAAUGAAUAAAUAAAAACCCUUCUGCAGGAUUAUCCUCUGGGCUGUGUAUAAAGUGCUUCAUUAUAUUCCACCACAUCAAACUCACUUUCAAACAGCUCACUCAGCACUGCCAGCCUGCACUUAAAUAACGUGUUCACUGUGACCGUCUCUAACAGGGUGCAUGUGUAUCUGCUCACAACACGGGCCUGUAUUACAAUACUUAAUAGUAAUAACAUAUAAAACAUACCGUCACUCUUCAAAUUGCUUUACUUUUAACAGAUUAGAGGUUUUCUGCGCGUCUGCUGCACGGUAACAGA